AGCGCGCCUCGCGAACCUCCACCAACCAGCUGCUCCGCCGGGCUGGCGCGAGUGCGCGCGCGCACAUUUGUGCGCAGGUUCGAAUCUCCUCCGCUUCGCUGUGCGCCCCAACGUCCGGGUCGCAACUCUGCGGCGACGGGACCAGCGCGAGCCGGCCGCCCCUCCCCCUCCAUCCUUUCCACUUUACUGCCGCCAUCUCGCCCUGACUUCGUUCUCGCCCUCCGUCGCGCGCUCCGCCCUCGACCUCCGCCCCCGCAGCUAUCGGCGCUCGGCUGCCCGCGCCCGGCCGGCUCCGCCGGAGCCUCUGGGGCCCAUGGCCAAGCGGCGUGCGGCCGAGCCGCUGACGUUCCACGUGCCUUGGAAGCGGCUCCUGCUCUGCGACUUCACUGAAGAGCCGCCGCCGCUCUGGAUCCCGCCGCAGGGGGCCUCGCACCCAGGGCAGCCCCUCGGUGUCCCUGAACUGCCCCGAAAGCGCAAAAUCGGCGCGGGGGCCAUGGCCGAGCCCUCGGCUUCGCCCAGCAAGCGCCGCGACGGCGGGGACGGCAGCGCUCCCGGCGGCCCGGGCGACGAGGAGUGUGAAGGCCACAGCCUAGCGACCAGCGAGCCGCCCCAGCGGCCCCGCGGGCCGGGGGAGGAGCUCCCGGGCGCCCGGCCCCAGAGGGGCGGUGGCGACGAAGGGGCGGGGCGCGCAGGGCCCCCGAGGGGAGACUGGGGGGCAGCGCCGUGCCAGCAUAAUGAAGACUUUUGGCAGUAUAAUACCUUUCAGUACUGGAGGAAUCCUUUACCGCCUGUUGAUCUGGCAGACAUUGAAGAUGUUAAUGAAGAUAAGCUGACAGCAGCAACACUUCAGAGCAGUAAUGAAGUGGCUGAGAUUGAGAUGGAGUCCUGACAUGAGGACUUGGAGAAAUAGUCCCUGCUGAAUUUGAGGAGACUCUCUAAGUGAAUUCAUACACUUUUAGGGAAAAAAGUAGUUUUCCAUACUUGAUGUGUUAUCCCUGAACCUGAAAAACAAGGAAAGGUGGCUUUAAAGAUAAAUGCCUGCAGUCACUACUAAACUGCCUAAUUCAGAUUUGUCAAAGAUGUAGUACAGUUAUAGGGGAAGUGUUUUAGGUAUGGAUUCUUAAAUUUUUUUGUUUAGAUUGUAAAUUUGAAGAAAUGAAUCCUAUAAAAAGGAAUUCUGACAGUUUUAGAAAUAGAUGGGAAACACUCAAAUAAUAUUCCCUCCUAUCUGCACCAAAAGGUUUAUUUGUGGACAUGAAGUGAAGAUUGUUUUAUAAUAAGUGUUAUUAAUAAAAUACUUUCUUAAUACGUUUUAUUGACUCUUAGUUGAACUCUUCUUAAAUAGUUGACUUAACAACUAUGCAAACUUAAAAUGUGGGGAAUUCUUUCUGAAAGUUGAUAUUGUUUAUAAAGAGCUUCCUAAAUGUAAAGAGGUAUGAAUUUCAAUUUGGGUAGCAUGUUUGCAUAGCUUCUAAUAUUUGAUAUUUGUUGAACUGUUAAUGGGCAAUCAGAAAUGCAUAAAGAACAAAUGGAAAUAUUAGUUGCAGUUGAGUUGAUUCUGACUCAUGAUGACCUUAGGUGUGUCAGAGUAGAACUGCUGUAUAGAGUUUUAAAGGCUGUGACCUUUCAUAAGUAGAUCAUCAAGCCCAUCUUCUGAGGUGCCUGUGGUUGGGUUUGAACCACCAGCCUUUCAGCUAGUUGUCGAGAACUUAACCAUUUGCACCACCCGGGGACUCCCUAAGGAGAAAUGACUGGUUCCAUUUUGCUCUCUUUUCCCAGGAUAAAGAAAUUUAUUAGAUGGUCACUCUUGGUUUUGAAUUGCUUUGAGAGCAUAGCUUUUAUUGCUUAUUACUUUAGACUUGUAGUUCUCAGCACUGACAGCUCUUCAAAAAUCUUUGCCUGGGUACCACUCUUGAGAGAUUCUGAUUUAGUUCUGAGUGGGUGUUGAGUAUAGCUAUUUUUUAAAGUGUCAAUCAUUUCCUACCCCCUAUUCCUUUAACAUGCAGACAGGGUUGAGAACCACUAGGCUAAUGGUAAUUUUUCCUGUUUAAAGGAGAUAACUAAUUUUGAGCUGAAGCAAUGCAUCUUAACUAGGUUUGUUUUUAUUUUGCCCUGGUGAUGGCUUUUUUACAACUGAAUUAUUGUGUUGUUAUUACUGUUUCAUUGUUAAAGAAAUAAAGUAAGCAAUAUGUAUUUGAGUUAUGUGAACAUCAGUGAUUAUGUUAAUUAACUUUAAUGCUGCAUCCUGACUUGGCUUUGUAAUUGAGUUAACUCAUCCCUACUUGUACAUUUGUUGUUUUUGAUGACAUUAGAUCCAAAAUUCAACAAGAAUGGUAAAUUAUAGUGAGAGAGAGGAAACAACUUGAUGUUUUCUGUGUUUUGCAGGAUUUCAGUAUGGAUUGACAUUAAUAAAUGAUAAACUGUGUAGUACCCUGGUUAAGAGUUCAGGCUUUGGAGUCAGACAUGCUUCGAAGUUUUGCGCAGCCGUUUCCUGUCUAUCUAGCAUUAAACAAGUUAGUGUUUGUCUCCCAACCUCAGAUUCCUAAUCUGUAAAAUGAGAAUAAUAAUAGCAUCUGGACCAAUAAGCAACAUCAGGAUAAAUGGAGAAAAUACUGAAGUUAUCAAGGAUUUUAUUUUGCUUGGAUCCACUUAAUCAAUGCCCAGGAAGCGUCAGUCAAGAAAUCAGAUGACGUACUGCAUUGGGCAAAUCUGCAAAAGAACUCUUUGAAGUGUUAAAAAGCUAAAAUUUCACUUUGAGCCAGACUCAAGCCAGGGUGUUUUCAGUCACCUCAUGCAUGUGAAAGUUGAACAAUGAAUAAGGAAGAAUGAAGAAUUGAUGCCUUUGAAUUAUGGUGUUGGUGAGGAAUAUUGAAUAUACUGUGGACUUCCAAAAGAAUAAGUCUGUCUUGGAAGAAGUACAGCCAGAAUGCUGCAUAGAAGUGAGAACGGUGAGGCUGCAUUUCUCUCUAACUUUGGACAUGUGAUCAGGAGGGACCAGGCCCUAGUGAAGGACAUCAUGCUUGGUAGAGGGUCAACAAAAAAGAGGAAGACCCUCAACAAGUUGAACUGACACAGUGGCUGCAACAUCAGUGGACUCAAACAUCAAUUGUGAGGAUGGCACAAGAUGAGGCAACAUUCCGUUCUGUCAUACAUUGAGCCGGUAUUAGUUGGAAGCAACUUGACAGCACCUAACAACACCCAUAGAGACUGUUAAUAAGUGUCAGGCAAUGUACUAAGCACUUUACAUGGAUCAUCUCGUGUAAUUCUCACAACAGCAUCUGCAAGGUAGAUUCAGGAAAAUCAGAAUAGAAGUGCUGCCUAUGGUUGUACUUCAUUUCACUUUAUAUUGGGCUGCAGUUAGGAGUUUCAGGAUAAGAAUUGGAAUUGAAAUAACAAGGAUACCAAGCAAAUGGGAAAGCAGUUAAAGGACUGUGGAAAAAAUAAAAUGGUAAACCUGC